AACCUGGAGUCGACGGACGACGACCAACCGAAAAGCCAAGACAUUUAGAGAGUAUGAGAGAGAGAAGUCAAUGAGAAGACAACAUUUUGUAGGCUGAAGGCAUCAGAAUCGAGGCUGAACAUCAAUUUAAGUGAUAUUUAAGGAGGAACAGUGCCAUCAUCAUGGUAACCCUGAACACUCAAUCUCUCACCGUGCCGGUGGGAAUAAUCCGCCUCUUUGAGUUCGCACUAACGCUCAUUACCUUCAGCCUGGUGGCUUCUGAAGGCCACAGCAGCUCUUCGUUCUGGGCCUGGUGCAUGUUCACCUGGUGCUUCUGCUGUUUCGUGACCCUCCUCAUCAUCAUCCUGGAGUUCACCAGCCUCAACGCCAAGGUGCCCAUUUCUUGGGACGACUUCACAACGGCUUUUGCGAUGUUGUCCACGCUUAUGCUGUUGGCCGCUUCGGUCAUCUACCCCACGUUCUACGUACGCUCCUCACAGUCGGUCAGGAUCGCAGCCACAGUGAUGUCCUGCGUGUGCUUCGGCCUGUACUCAGCCGAGGUGGGACUGACCCGAGCCAAACCCGGGGAGAUGAGCGGGUUCCUGUCCACCGUGCCGGGCUUGUUGAAGGUCCUGGAGGCGUUCGUGGCCUGCAUCAUCUUUAUCUCUCUGAAUUCGGUCUUUUACAGCAGGUUCCCUGGGCUUCAGUGGUGUGUGGCCGUCUACUCAAUCUGCUUCAUUAUUGCUCUCCUCAUCAUCAUCCUCACCAUCGGCAGGUUGUUGGCUCGAAUCCCCAUCCCGCUGGACAAAUGUCUGACGGGGUACAACAUACUGGCGGUUUUAAUGUAUCUCACGGCUGUGGUGAUAUGGCCUGUCUACAGUUUCCAAAACAAUCCAAGACCACCAGUCUGCAAUAACUGUUUCUGGGAUAGCCUGGUUGUUGUGUCCUGCAUGACUUGCAUCAAUCUGAUCAUCUACAUCGUGGAUACGGUUUACUCAGUGCGUCUGGUGUUUGUUUCACCUGCCUAG